GCUUACAUCACUCACUUUGGCACGUUCGAGAUGGCUCUGAACGUCUCCAACAAGCUGUACAACACACCGAUGAACAAUACUUUAUCGCGCGCUGUUAUUUUACGUGAAGAUCCCAACGAACAUCCAAAUGAAGAAGAAAUUAAACUUUAUGCCAGCAGUAUUGGCAUUGACUUAGCAAAUGAGCCCGCAUUAGCUUGGAUCGCAAAGGAAGGCAUAUCGGCUCCACUGCCCAAAGGCUGGCAAGUUAUGCAAGAUGAGAACAAUCAGAUUUUUUACUACAAUGCCAGUUCUGGCCAAAGCUUAUGGGACCACCCAUUGGACUCAUACUACCGUAGGCGAGUUCUGCAAGCUCGGAAAUUGCUAGAUCCAAAAUCAAGGUCCACCCAACCCACUCUGAGGACUUCCAGUCGAUCCUCUGGUCGUUCUUCCUGCUCCACUUUUACCCGUGAUUCCAACUGUUUGGCUCCUUUAUUACCCCAACACACUUUUACUUCAAACGCUGCCUCCACUGAGGGAACAAAACGAGAUGGCGAUUUGGAACUAAAUACCGCUGAUUGUACUGAGCAGGCACCUGAUUGGGCUGACACUCCUCUGCUGGGUGAAGAAUCUCGGGGCAAUUCGUCCGUAGCGGAAAACAAGGGCCUCAUUGGUACUGCUUUUUUCAUGUCAGAAACCGAACUUCCCACAGAGUAUUGCGAGUUGGUCCCCUCCCCGUCGGUGACUGCGAACGGAAGCAAACCCCAUUCACAGUGCCACUCCAACAGUGUGUUGCCCGAGGGUACAACAUCCCAAACGACUGCAACUGCAGCUCAGACAGAUGCAGAUAGUCAUGUCACUUCUGCACAUCUCAACGAAACCGCAAGAUGUAACUCCGAAUUAGCUGGAGCGGGUAACAACUCGGAACAGUUGCAGCAGACAGAUCCUAACGAUUUUCAGUGCAGUGGCAACAGUGUUGUGCCAAACGUGAGCACGAUUCAUCAGGGGCUUAUGUCGAACGUGUCAAUGCUCAUGCAACAAAGGUCCGUUUUGUCUGUUGUGAACACUAAUAGACGGACUGGUAUCGAAUCUCCUUUGGCUUUCGAUCGAAAAAAAGACGACACCGAAAGCACUAAUCAUUUCAUACUGAACAGCCCUGCUUGUAGGCUACAUCGAUCGGUGGAAGUGUUGGCUUCUUAUCCAUCACUUGGCUCUUCUCCAACGGAAAGCAGAUCGUAUCAACCCCUUCUGCCGGCCACAGACGCCUUAGACGAAGGACUCCCGCGGGAACAACCCGCCAACAGUCAUGUUACCAACAUCAACAAACAACCGGCAUUUCGCACCGCACAUGAACCACCGGUUCUCUCACUAUUGCAUGCUACAAAUCCGUGUCCAACACUCUGUCAAUCCACGAAAGUACCAGGCUGUCCGGAUGCCGAGCCCGCUCCUGAUACUGCGGUUCAUCCACCUAGCCCACCAAAUAGCACUCCGGUGUUCAAUGAGGGGAUUCACCAUUUGGUUGAAGAAAGGGCCCGUCUGCAACGGAAGUUGCUUCGAAUUAAGCUCAUCUACAAUAGCUACAAGCAGCGCCUCGUUAGCUUAGAUUCCAGUAUACAACUACUGCAAAAGUCGUCCACAUCGGACCCGGUCUUCGCUCCACACGAAGCAGGAUCCCGAAGUCGAACACGAUCUGAUAGUGCCUUUACUUCGAAAAAAGCGCCACGGAAUUCCAAGGGCCAUCUUCCUACCAUCACAACGUCUCCGCUCCUAUUUGACUUUUCUUCAGCUGAACCCGCCUCUCCCGGUCCCAUUCGACAAAAUCUGCAUCAUUCACCCGAAGUGGUGAAACCAGAGGUCGUCAAUAUUCGUGAAGAUAUCCUGCUGUCAUCCCAUACCCCUUGCACCAACCGAUCCAAACUAGGCCGUUCUUUAUCUACACCCCGACAUACAGUGUCGUCGCGCGGGUCGAUUCUCACUUCAAGACCGGUCGGAAAUUGUCCACCGAACACAUCUAGUCAUGACCAGUCUCCACCUAUGGACUUAGCCCACUCUCUGGCUAGCAUUGAUGCUCAGCUGCACCGAGUCAUAAAUCAUUUGGAGUCCGGUGAUCUUUCGAUAACUUGUGAUGAGUGCGUUAAUGAGAAGCAUAUGAUUUUGAAAACAAGAAACGCUUUCUGUGACCAACGCCGACUGAAGCCUUACUGGAAAGACCACCGAGAUAUAGAGAAUGAGAUGCAAAAUCUGUCCUUACAAACCCAAGCAAGGGACCGUAAGUCAAUCGUCGGUGACAUAAGAUUGCUCACGCCCGUUUCAUUGGAGGAUAGAAAACUCGGCUUUCGGUGUCCACGCGUCGACGCUAGCCCUACUUGGCUUCAAUCGGAUUGAUCUGUAUCCACAGACUUACAUUUUAAGCUCUUUUUACAGACACUCAGGGAAAUAUUUUGUUAAACCUAUUUUAUGAAGAUUUACUAGCCCAUAUUAUGUAUUUUUAUAACAAUGAGCAUUUUACCGAACU